AUGGCGGCGUGGGACCUUUCAGUCACAGUGGAGGACCUGGGGUCUGACGCGCCACCUGUCACCCUCAGUGUAGCCUCUGAACUUCACGUUGGAGGGGUCAUCCUCCAACUGGUGGAAAAGACACAGAUAAAACGUGAUUGGUCAGACCAUGCGCUGUGGUGGGAGCAGAAGCAGCGGUGGCUGCUGCGAACAGCCUGGACUCUGGAGAAAUAUGGCAUCCACGCAGACGCCAGGCUGAUGUUUAUGCCCCAACACAAGCCCCUGAAGCUAGGUCUGCCUAACGGCACUAGCCUGAGGCUCCGAGGCUGCUUCUCCAGCUCUGUCUUCCAGACCGUGAUGGGUAUCUGUCGAAUGCUCAGCUUAGUUGUGGACCGUAUAUUCAAAAUGUCAUGGAAGUCUGACUCACUUGCUUCGUUUCUAUGUCCAAGCCAUAAAUGUUUAAUUUCCGUGUUGGGAGUUGGUUUGAUAUUUAUCGUGCACACAGGAUGUGAGGUGGCUCCGGACGUCAACGUGACAGCACAGAAGUUCCUAAUCAGACUCCUGAUACCAGCGCCUGAGGGCAUGAAUGAGGUCUACUUGCGCUGUGAAAACGAGCAGCAGUAUGCUCAAUGGAUGGCUGCGUGUCGACUGGCCUCCAAAGGCAAGACUCUGGCCGACAGCAGUUUCCAGAAUGAGAUCCAGAGCAUCCGCUCCUUCCUGGCUAUGCAAAAGACCAGCUCUGGUUCCCAUGGCAAUGCACCUACCAACGAUGAAAGCAUCAACCCUCACAGUCUGGUUUCGCCACGCUACCAUAAGAAGUACAAAGCCAAACAGCUGACCCCUCGUAUCCUGGACGCCUACCAGAACGUGGCUCAGCUCUCACUGACCGAUGCACUGAUGCGGUUCCUGCAGAUCUGGCAAGCCCUGCCUGACUUUGGGCUCUCAUACGUGGUUGUCAGGUUUAAGGGCAGUCGAAAAGACGAGGUCCUCGGCAUUGCUCCCAACCGCCUGAUCCGUAUCGACCUGGCCGUGGGUGAUGUGGUUAAGACCUGGCGCUACAACAACAUGAAGCAAUGGAACGUCAACUGGGACAUUCGACAGGUGGCUAUAGAGUUUGAAGGCAACAUCAACAUUGCUUUUGGCUGCCUGACUGCCGACUGCAAAAUCGUUCAUGAGUUUAUCGGAGGCUACAUUUUCAUGUCGACACGCAGUCGUGCAAAGAGCGACACGCUUAAUGAGGAGCUUUUCUACAAGCUGACCGGCGGCCAUGAAGCUCUCUGAGACUAAAACACACAAACCCACAUCAGAUCUCCUGGUGUGUUUCAACAGUGGAGAACCGCGUGGAAUUGGAUGUUACGUUCCAUUCACGCUACGACAAAAAUAGUCUUUGUUCCACACACACACACAUACACACACACACACACACACACACACACACACAGUCAUGAGCGAUCAGUGGGUGGACAACAUGUUCAGACAGUUAGACUGGUGGUCCUCUGCUGACUUCCCCUUUACUUCAAGGUGGACUGCUGCUGGGCCCAACUGCUGGAUCUCAGGUCCUGGAUCAGCAGAUUUGAAACUCAAACUCAUGGAAACGUAAAAUCGGCAGUUGUAUCAGCAAGCAGCAACUUUUCUGAUUCGCCUCACAGUAUGCAGACUUCCUGUCGCUCAGGAUAGAAAACCCUGCUUUGUCCAGAGCUGCAGAAUUAUUGCCAGCAGCCACAUUAUCACAGCCAGGAAUCAACAGCAAUGAGUAGAAAUAAACUUAUAGAGAACACACAUUUAUUAACAUAAAUACAGCAAUUAACUUUUCAUUCUCUGUUGUCCUCACUCUUUAUAGUCGUGACGUGUGGUUAUUUCUUACACAGGAAGCUUCGAACCAUUAAUCUCCCCUCACAUGCUGUGUGUGUAUGUGUGUGUGUGUGUGUGUGUGUGUGUCCAUAUCUUACAGAAACGGUUACAGCAAACCGUUAACUGAAACCACAGUGUCUGUAUCCUCAGCUUUUCUAUAAUUAUCCACACAUACAUUAUGUCUUCAAAAGACAUAUAAAGGACCAGCUGGUUGUUGCUAGCAGUCUGUAACCAUAGUUAUAUAUUUUACAACAUGGUGAAAUUAUCUUAGUAGUCAAUGUCUGCCAAAGUGUAUUUAGCACUUACAAUGCAAAGGAGAAAACACAGCCUCUAUACUUAUACAUAAAUUGCCAGCAUAAGUUGAUUGACUUGUCAUAUAAAAUAAAGUAUGUCUUCCUAAA